GAGCCUUCCGCGUUGCAGUCUUUUCGUUUUCAGACAUGGGCACACCACAGAAGGAUGUUACCAUCAAGUCAGAUGCACCAGACACACUGUUACUGGAGAAACAUGCAGAUUAUAUCGCAUCCUAUGGCUCAAAGAAAGAUGAUUAUGAAUAUUGUAUGUCUGAGUAUUUGAGAAUGAGUGGCAUCUAUUGGGGCCUGACAGUGAUGGAUCUCAUGGGACAGCUUGAUCGCAUGAAUAGAGAAGAAAUACUGACAUUUAUUAAGUCAUGUCAACAUGAAUGUGGUGGAAUAAGUGCCAGCAUUGGACACGAUCCUCAUCUUUUGUACACUCUCAGUGCUGUCCAGAUUCUUACUCUGUACGAUAGCAUUAAUGUUAUUGACAUUGAUAAAGUGGUGGAAUAUGUUCAGAGUCUACAGAAAGAAGAUGGUUCUUUCGCUGGAGAUGUUUGGGGCGAAAUUGAUACAAGAUUUUCCUUCUGUGCAGUGGCAACUUUGGCAUUAUUGGGGAAGCUCGAUGCCAUUAAUGUAGAAAAGGCAAUUGAAUUUGUUUUGUCCUGUAUGAACUUUGAUGGUGGAUUUGGUUGCCGGCCAGGUUCUGAAUCUCAUGCUGGGCAGAUCUAUUGUUGCACAGGAUUCUUGGCAAUUACUAGUCAGUUGCAUCAAGUCAAUUCUGACUUACUUGGUUGGUGGCUUUGUGAACGACAGUUACCCUCAGGUGGACUCAAUGGAAGGCCAGAGAAGUUGCCAGAUGUAUGCUAUUCCUGGUGGGUAUUGGCUUCCUUAAAGAUCAUUGGAAGACUUCAUUGGAUUGAUCGCGAGAAGCUUCGAAGUUUCAUCUUAGCAUGUCAAGAUGAAGAAACUGGAGGUUUUGCAGACAGGCCAGGAGAUAUGGUGGAUCCUUUUCAUACAUUAUUUGGAAUUGCUGGAUUGUCACUUCUGGGGGAAGAACAGGUUAAACCUGUUAGUCCUGUCUUUUGCAUGCCUGAAGAAGUUCUUCGGAGGGUGAAUGUUCAGCCUGAACUAGUGAGCUAGAUUCAUCAAUGGGAAGAAUGCUUAUAGUUUUGCAAUCUCAAACAUUUGUCUAUUUGAAGUGCUUAUUGAAUCUAAAAUUGACUGCUCUUAAUAUUUAUGUAUUACAUUAAUUUUAAUAAAUUAAGUAAUUAUAUGUGCUGUAAAAUAAAAAGGCUUGUAUUGUAUUUUCA